AUGAACGUGGCAUUAGGAUACGACGCUAAGUCCAAAAAGAUAUUUUUACCAGCUGAGGCAGAGAAGUUGGUUCCUUCGCUCAAGUUGGAAGUUGAUCAAUUGAAUACGUUGACCAGUGAGCUUAUAGCUAACGGAGCAGAUGUUCCUGCACCACCAACACAGGAGAAUUUCAAUAAAGAUAUGACCAAGAUGAUUAGAAAGUUGUACGAAGGAGGUGUUCAGGCAUUCAAACAGGGGAAAUUCCAAGAAUCUGCCAAACAAUUUAGUAUUGGAAUAGACAUGAUAUGUAGAAGACACAAAUUCGAGGCCUUUCAAGGGACUUUACAAGAGCUUAGCUUGUUUCUUAUGAGUAGAGCAGAUGCUUAUUUGAAGACCAAGAACUAUUUGGGGGCAUUUAAUGACGCUGAUAUGUUACUUGGAAUGAUGAUGUGCACACCUGAUAACUUCUUGAGAAGAGGCGUAGCUAACUACUUUUUGGGUAAUUACGAAGCGGCUAGAGCAGAUUAUCAGAGAGGAUUAGCAUUUGACGAGAAUAAUGAAAGGCUUAUAACAGAAUUGGAAAUCUGCUUAGAUAAAAUUCUUGAGGAAAACGGUGAUUAUCUUUGA